UAUUCCUUUAUUGCAGGUUCCAAGAGAAGGAGGCGGUGAACGAAAAGGAAACUACUGGACGUUGGAUCCCCAAUACGAAGACAUGUUCGAAAAUGGCAACUACCGGAGGCGAAGAAGAAUGAAACGCCCCUACCGGUCUGCUCAACCAUACCCAAAAGCAUUCUUCAGUGAUGCCCUCAGCCAACACGGGCUACCUCUUGCGAGAAACAUCUUCACGCCGCCUACCUAUCCACCGCCAUAUACCAGAUACGAAACUUCUUGGCUCGGCCAAUCACCUUUAGCCUCCUACACUAAUUGCAACUCGGGAGGUUAUCCUCAGCAAGGUUAUCCCUCUCCAACAGCUUUCAGUCCUUGUAGCGUGCGACAGGAGGCAGCUCCAAGAUAUCCUCCCUACUGGCCCCCAGAUGGCGAGUAUUCUCCUGGUCCCCACAAUGCUUCACCAACCGAUCCCCAACUGCUUUUGCAGUGGUGACUGUGAUGGAGACGAAGCUCAAGGGCUUCCAGUCUGACGAGUGAGGAGGACAGAUGUACUAGUUCAGACUAUGUAAUAUACUUUUAAUAUUU